AUGUCAAACCAAGGCUACUACCAAGGCGGUCCUCAGUACCCACAGCAAAGCUACGGUCCCCCAGGUGGCCAAGGCUAUGGCCAACCACAAUACGGCGCUCCACCGCCACAACAACAAAUGUACUACGGUCCUCCUCAGGGACAGUAUCAACAGGGUCCUCCACCAAAGCAGAAGAAGGAUAGGGGUUGUUUGGCGGCUUGGUAA